AUGUCUAACAAGUUCCAUUGCGAUGUGUGCUCCUCGGACUGCACCAACAGAGUUAGAAUUUCGUGCGCAGAGUGCCCCGAAUACGACCUCUGCGUGCCUUGCUUCUCGCAGGGGCUCUACAAUGGCAACCACAGGCCCUUCCACAACUACAAAAUCAUCGAGACGAACUCGUACCCCAUUCUGUGCGAGGACUGGGGUGCGGACGAAGAGCUAGCUCUCAUCAAGGGUUCGCAAACCCUCGGCCUCGGCAACUGGCAGGAUGUUGCAGACCAUAUAGGAAACAGAACCAAGGAAGAGGUUGACGAGCAUUACACCAAGUAUUACCUUAACAGCCCAUAUUAUCCCAUCCCUGACAUCACGCAAAACAUCGACAUCCCUCAGGAGCAGUUCCUCAACGACCGCAGGCGCAGGAUCGAGAGGUUUAGAGGACAGCCCUUGCAGCCUCCCAGAAAGCCCAUAGCUUCGGUCCCAAGCUGUCACGAAGUUCAAGGGUUUAUGCCAGGGCGUCUCGACUUUGAAACAGAGUUCGAAAACGAGGCAGAGGGACCUGUCAAAGACAUGGUUUUUGAGCCUGACGACCAGCCGCUAGACAUUGAAGUCAAGCUCAUUAUUCUCGACAUAUACAAUUCCAGGCUCACUACAAGGGCGGAGAAGAAGAGGCUGCUGUUCGAGAAUGGUCUCAUGGAGUACCGUAAGCUCCAAGGGAUUGACAAAAAGAGAAGCAAGGAGUCUAAGGACCUUUUUAACACUCUUAAAGCGUAUGCUCGCAUAAUGACUCCCCGGGAUUUUGAGGAGUUCAGCAAGGACGUUUUAGAGGAGCUGCGGUGCAGGUCUCGAAUUCAUCAACUGCAGGAAUGGAGAAGCAACGGCAUUACAACGCUUGAGGCUGGUCUCAAGUAUGAGCGCGAUAAGCAGGCGCGCAUAAUGACUCUGGAGCGCUUUGGUAGCUCCUUGCAUUCUUCUUCUAAUGGAAAUGGAAACGGUCGCCAUAGGGUGUCUUCCGCUCAUCGCGCCAACGCUGACUAUGGUCAAAAUUACAACGAGGCAGCUUCGCGCAAGAAGGCUUUGACUACUGGCGACAUCCAGCAUGGCGCCGACUUUGGUCUUCUUUCUGGUGAAGAGCAACAGCUGUGCAUUCAGUUGAAAAUCCUACCCAAGCCAUACUUAGCUAUAAAAGAGGUCAUGUUUAGAGAACUUUUGAGGGCUGGUGGAAAUAUGAAGAAGAAAACAUGUCGCGAAUUGCUGAAUAUUGACCCCGCGAAGGCAAACAGAAUUUACGAUUUCUUUCAAAGUCAAAGGUGGCUAUAA